UUUUUGUUUUCACAUCGUCAUUAUUCUUACGUAUGCAAUUUAUCUUUUAAGCGAAGUGUCUGAAAACAAUAGUCGUCAUCCCACAACUUAUCCUCUGCCAACAUCUAAUCGUGUUUAAACCGUUUAGACACGACAUUUUAGAUCAUGAGCAAUGGUCCAAAAAAUUACAAUGCGCAGUUGACUGCUGCAGCAGCUUCAACAGCGCUUCAUCGACCGACGACAUACAAUAAUGAUGAAAACUAUAAAAAUGUAAACUCGUUUCUUGGGAACCGCACAUCUACUUUCUCAAGUUCUACUUAUUCUCCUCAGUAUGACUAUUUACGAUCAAAGGCAAUGAACGUAACGUAUAAUCCAAGAACAAGUGGUGCAACCAAUCUGCGUAGUCAAAACUCGGUCUAUCUUCCUUCCUCCCCUGUUGCUAGUAAUUAUACACCCUCAAGUACUGGGAAACGAUACACUCUGACUUCCGCUUCUGCAAAAUAUCUCACAAAAUCUGAAAGACAGAGAAAUCCUACUAGUUAUGCGCACGAUUUUACUCCUUCUUUUCCUUCUCCUAUAGAGCGUCAACGUGCCCCGUCUAUCUCCAGUAACGUUUCGGAAACUCCGAGUCUCAGAACUUAUGAGGAACCUAGAUCACAAAUAAAGACACGUCAAUACGCUCAAGAAGGCCCUCAUCAACCCAGUAAUGUCGUUCAAACAACACAAGGAAAUGCGACCUCAACGAAACGCAUCCCUCUCUCCAAUCGAAACAGCUAUUUUGGUCCUCCUAUCUCCACUAUUAAUUCCGGAAAAGUUGGUGCGAGUAGUGUACCGUCUUCGCCAGUUGAUAUAAAAACUUCAUACUCGAGUGCAUCUCCUUUACAACGUUCCACUACCUUAGGUCGUCCUUCACCAGCGAUAACCCAGAAGUCAGCUUUAAAAAAGCAUUCUCCUGCACUUUCGGUUGACGGACAAUUGCCCGAGUCUAUCCCUAAGAAACACGUAAGUAUCUACGAGGAUAAGGAAGAUGAAAGGAUGAAUAACUCAUCAUCCGAGUCUCUUUAUGAGGAUGUUUCUGAAGAUUUUGAAGCUGCGCCAAUCGAAAUGAAUACAACACCUGCUUUUUAUGUUCCAUCAACAAAGCGCAUUUCUGUUAUCCCUUCUAAUGGUACUCGUAGUCCUUCCCGCUCCGUCAAGUCUGAUUCUAUGCAAUUUACAUCUUUAGAAGAUGCUGCAAGGAAAAGGGUUGAGGAAAUGCUAAAACAAAUGGACGAUACUAAAGUUCAUGGAAUGAGUCCUACAUCAAACAACAGUCGUCCGUUAGAGACGAUUCCUGAUGAUAAUAAGUCAUUUGUUUCAGAAAGCAGCUUUGAUCGCGAUGAAAACAGGGGCCGUGCUCAUAACCUAUUUGCUAAAUUAAAACCCAAAAGAUCUAGCUCAAAGGCAUCACGUGAUUUACCUUAUGGUCAUUUUGGUGCUUCUUAUAAUUCUUUGGAAGGCAAUGGCGGUGGCCGUUAUGCAAUGCGUGGGUCCUACCUAGGAAACCAACAACGUGAACCUAUUUACUCUCUUCGACAGCCAUCUCAAUAUGAUAAUAAUCGCCAAGGAAGAUCUUACACUUUUAGUGAUGCUGCCCCUAUGGCAGUGGAUAAUACAACGUAUGACAAUAGGUUUGCCAACGAUAGUGACAGUAUGCUGGAUGGUGAGCCUGUUCAAAAGCCCAAGAAAAAGGGAAAUAAGCUGAAAGCCUUAAAAAAACUCUUUAAAAUCAGAUUUUAGAAAAAGCGCCUAGUACUGACAGGUUCUAAAGUCCAUCAAUGUGUCUUUUGGUAUGUCUCACUAUCUUUAUUUGCUUGGCGGGUUCGUCUAUUUAUCAUUUACUGCUGCGGAAUCUUUUUAAUCUAUAAUUUAUUAUUACUGCACAGUCAUUGCACUGUUGUUUAUGUUAUUUACCUCUGCUAAUCUUAUAUAUUGACUAUACGUUGUGAUGUUAAUUUACAUCCUUUUUCUUUUUGGUGGUAUUUUUGGUGAAUAAUACACAUUCUAUAUACUAAACACUAUCAACAUAGUAAAUUUCAGGAAAAAAAGAACGGUUUGAUACCACUACGAUGGUCACGACUGGCAAGGUCCUCUAAGUAUUUUCUCGAUAAAAUUUCCGUAAUUGUAGGUUCUCUUUCUUCCCAGUUCAUUAUAGUUUCUUUGAGUAAAAACCUGUCGGUGUAUUCUUGGUAAUAACCAAUCUGUUCCUUCAAAUCAUCAUUAGGAUUGUAGCGAACCGGUUCGACGUCAACGAAGGACCCUUGGCCAUCAACUGGAUAACCGUUUUCCAUGCUUGAUAAACCAUCCAUCAGUGAAACUCUGCAACUCUCUGCAUCACUCAUAAUUUCAGGGGAGUGGACGGUUAACUUUUCAUCUUCUGAUUCAAGCUCAAUGAUUUCCACGGAGCCAAUGUUUUCUUUCUCUUCUACGUCUGAUGGCUUCGAGUUUUUUACCAGGUGUUGAUGAUCUGACUUAACACGCGGUACUUUAUCAGAUACUGACCUAACCGGUAUACGAUUAAUAGCAUUAGUAUGAGUAUCGUUUAAAUUCAAGGAAUCCUUAUGCUUGUCAUUGGAUUUCAUAUACGAUAAACGAGCGCAACCAGUUGAAAAAGAAUAUCUAGUAUGUUUUGGUUCAUCUUUAUAAACGACCAGUGCGUCGCAAUUUGAAUCAUUGUCUUGAUUAUCAUUAUCCGAACUUUCUAUCGCAUUUUCAGAAUAGUUUUCACGGACAGCUGAUAUCCAUGAGACUAAAGGAUCGUAAUUAGAAGUUUGGUUGCCUGGGAAUUCCAUUGCCAAACGAGCAGCAAACGACGAGACUCGUUUAUUAUUUAAAUUAGAAGCUUUGUUCUCUUUAAAUCCUUUCAUACUUAAUUACUGAAAUGAUCAGGUUGUUGCUUGCGUUACAAAGAUACCACUUGCUAAAUAUGCUCAACGUAAACAUACAUACAUAAACAAACAAAAGUAAUGUUGAUCUUGAACAAUCAGGUAAAACUUUCUUUCAGGUUAACUAACAUAACAUUGAACAAAAUGCUAACAUAUCGGCUGACAAUCUUUUAAAUGAAAAUGAACGAAAAACUAACUUUUCUAAUUAAUGUUCAAUAAAAACGGGUACCACUUAAAAAGUUUGUCUGCAUAAAUAAACAGCGUUACAUAGAUGACUAUCAGGACUUUUUUAUCGGUUGAUCAAAGACAGCUCAUAACAUUCAGCAUUCACAGGUAUUGGAGGUUACUCCUGAAAUCCUUUCAGCCGUUUUUUUGAGUAAUUUGCAUUUUGGAACCCUCA